CGGGUUUUUCCGAGACAUUUGAUAUUGGUUAAACUAAACAAGUAUUGCAACAAGUAACUAGUGUGUUGUUUGAUCCAUUAGACGAGUUGAAGUGCUUCAAAUUUUCUCAUCAUUUAUGCAAAACGCAAAAGCAGCAUUACUGAAAAUGUUUGGCCGAAAGAAAGACACCACUGAUACGAGGCAGAUGCCUCGUAGCUUGGCUGGACCGGGCACGUCGCGGACAAAUGGAACAACCAACGAGCCAGCGUACGUCAUCGAACGGUAUGCCGCGUACUAUCCCAUGAAUCACAAGCGCCGCGGGAUGGCGUUAAUAUUUUCGCACAACAAGUACAAUGUACCUAAUGUUACACUGCCAUCGCGAGAAGGAAGCGAUGUUGACUGCAAACGACUGAAGGAUACGUUAACAUCGUUCGGAUUCGACGUAAAAAUCUAUCAGGAUUUCAAACUAGAAGAGAUUAAAAACGUCAUUGACAGCGUUGCCGCCAUGGAUCACAAGGACAGCGACUGUUUUCUGGUAGCGGUGCUAACCCAUGGAGAAGAAGGGGACUACGUUUAUGCACACGAUUGUGCCUACCAGCUGUCGUCUAUCUGGACCCACUUCACUGCCAAGAAUUGUCCGUCGCUGGCGGGACGUCCGAAAAUAUUCCUCAUUCAGGCGUGUCGUGGAAACCAGCUCGACAGUGGGGUGAAGGUGCAGAAGGACGGUGUCGCUCGGUACAGCAUUCCGACGCACGCCGAUUUCCUUUUCGCUUACGCGACAAUCCCCGGCUUCAUGGCUUUCCGGAACACCUCCGAGGGCUCGUGGUUCAUCAACGAGCUGUGCAAGGAAAUGAAUGAGAACGGAAACAAAUACGAUUUCCUCACGCUGCUUACGUUCGUCACCCAGAGGGUGGCCUACGAUCACGAAUCGAUGUCCAACCUUCCGGAGCACAACAUGCGCAAACAGACACCCUGUGUCGUUUCGAUGCUGACCCGGUUGCUGUUGUUCAAUGAGGUGUGAUACCACAAAACAAACAACAACAAAUGGACUACACUCGCCACUUUCUAUCGAGUCGCAUUUAGUCGUACCAAUUUUGCCCAAGGCAUUAUACAUUUUUUUUAAAAUACUACCUCAUUUACGAGCAAAUUGGGCAACUUUAUUUAAUAAUUUUAUUUUACUUUGUAUCACAAAACUGUAUUGCAGUCGAAUAAGGUUCAGUGAGAGUAGGUGUAACAAUUGAACAGACAUUUUUAUAAGAAAAUUUGCCCUGAAGAUAUGGACACCUCCGUAAAACUCCAGUUAAGGCAAUUAUUGCACGGAAAUUUUAGAAAAACAUUUUAUCUGGUUUUAUUCUCCCAAGUAAUCUCAACUGUAUUAAUUGGCAAACGCGAAAACGAAUGCUUGUAUUCCAAAUGUUUUAUUUAUCGUAGUACGUUUACCACCGUAACGUGUUGUAACAAAAUAAUAAAAUUGGCAUGUGG